AUGUCUUUACAAUUUGAUUGGAAGUUAUUGACUCCCGAAGUGAAUAAAAAGUUGAAGGAUCAACUCAAUUCAACAUUGGAGGUUUUGGUAUUUUCAAGAAAGAAAUAUGCUCGUAAUAGUAGCGUGAGUACGAGUAUGAGCAGUAGUUUGAAUGAGAGUGUCCGAGAUGAGGAAAAUAAUUUAGUGAUGAAUCAAGAAGAGGAAGGCUCUUCAUCUUCAAUGCUCAGGUCCAAUCGGAAUGGAUUAGAAAUAUCACCCACUCAAUCUUUGAGUUAUUUAAUUAUUGAUAGCCUUGAUUUGGGAACAACGGCACCAAAUAUUCAAAUCAAAGAUAUCCAACAGGCUCCCGAUGAGAAAUCUUUUAUGCAGAGAGCUAAAUAUUAUGAAAACAAAAUUUAUGGACGGCUGUAUCCUGCUCAAAAACAAAGAACAGCGCAGGAUCAUAGACCAAAUGUGGAUUUAUCAAAAACUUAUUCCACUCCACCAUCAACACCGACACAACAAAAUCCAAUCAUAACAAUGACAGCAACUCACGAUGAUAAUGUGAGUGUUUCCUCAGUCGCUACCUCUGGGUUUUUAAUGCCAUCACCAGGAUUUCUCACAUCUCUGAAUCGAAAGAAUUUAUUAGGACCAGGCCAUCCCAUGCAUUCUCCUUUGGCUUACAAUUCUCUCAUGAUGGCUUCUGGACACUAUUAUUAUCCAAGCCCAAUAAGCGCAACAAUGAGCGAUGUUUUUUCACAAACAACUAUGGACAAUACGAGCACGAGAUUUUCUCCUGGAACAAAUAAUCUAAGUAGUCUUAGAAAAGCUCCUCAAAAAACACACAUAUGUUCGAUAGGAACUGUUUACAAGCUCGCUACUAAUGAAAACAAACCACGAAGGGAUCUCAUUGCUCAAACAAAACGAAGGGCUAGUUGGUGGAAAGAACGUUUACAAAACUUGGAAAAUAAGCGAGAUGUGAAUAAUUUCAUUCCACCGGUACAAAUCCUGAACAAUGGAUCAGACAAGCUAUCUACCACUCCAAUAGAUUUGAGGGAUGAAAACUUUGUAAAGCAACAUUUGAUAGAUCCAGGAUUUUUGCUCACUGGGAAACGAAAUGGCAAGGGUGGAGGUGUUAAAUUUACAGGCCACUUUUCAUACAGUGGAAAUGCCUCCAUUAAGAUUGUCUCAGAAGUUAGAAUCAACAUGCCAAUUCCUGGAUUUGUUACAAUCCCAAUUGAGAUUGAGAUUUCAAAGUUUGUAUUUGAUGGUGACCUGACCAUUAUGUACUAUCACAAUCCAACCUCGAAUUUGAAACAAAACUCGCCUCAAGACAAGGUGUUGAUUUAUUUCGAAAAUCCAGUGUUGCCAUCGUUUGAGGCUGACGAAACGAAAUUACCCCAAUUUUCCGAUCAAAAGUUAAUGGCUAAUUAUAUUGUUAAAUCUACUGGAGAAUAUUCACCGUUGAAAGAAUUCAAUGUUACGGUGCGAGUGGGCUCUUCUCUUUCACGAGAACAACUUCCUCUUCCUGGUGAAGAUAAAAUUUUGGAGGAUAAGACAGAAAUUUCUAACUUUAUUAAGGAGCUCGUUCACAAGGUUGUAAAAGAUUUAUUGUUGUAUCCAAAUGUGUUUUCACAUUGGAUCGACAUUUCAGGACAAAGCCAAGCCACAAACGACAAGUAG